AUGACCUCUACAACAACUACCAGCGGAGAAGGAGAAAGAGGAGGAGGUUUCCUUCCCCCAACCCUCCCAUCCCCAGCCCCCUCCAACCCACGACCAAGCACGCCCUCCCUCCUCCCUAAACCCCGAACACAUCCUCUCCGCGCGGGCUCCGCCAAAGAAGCAACGGUGAUUAAUCACAUCGAUACAACUCUACUGAGGAUUUCGCGUCGGCAUGCGAAGAAGUUCAGCAGUGCUUACUAUAAGCCUGACGAUGAAUCCAACUCCAAUGCAAACUAUUCUCCGGAAUCAUUCUCAGCCCGAGGUUAUGGGAAGGGAGAAGAAGAAGGGGAAGUACAAGGCUAUGAAAGCUUCAAAGAAGUAGCUCGUGAUUUGGAGGGUUUGGUGGAUGUGCUUUGGGUUAGUGGGACGCCAUCUCUCCAAAUCCCCUACCUCAUCUCCCUAGCCAUCCAAGUCAACUCCUACCUGCCCGAGUAUCCCUUCUCGGCGGCGCCUACGUUCCGGUUACUGCGGAAGUUGGAUGAGGUGUUUGCGGAGCUUUUAGGUGGUGGUAACGAGGAAAGAAAGAGUGUGGUGUCUAUGACGGAGAAGGUCCGGAUCAAGAGUAUUGCGGAGUCGUGUCGGGUGUUGGUUGUUGAGACGAGAGAGAAGGAGAAUGAGGAUGCUAACGGGGAGGAUGACUAUGAUGAGGAUGAGGAUGAAGAGUUUGAGGAUGUCUAUGGGAAUGCAAAUAAACUGGAGGAUUAUAUGCCCAUUCCUGGGAAGUGGGAGAUGGAGACGGCGAAGGUUUAUGAGAGGACGAUUCAGUUGUUGGGGGAUGAGUUGGGUAAUGUGGGUGAGUAUUGUGAUGAGGAUUUGGCGGCCGGGGAGGAGGGGGCUUGUGAUAUGGGGGAUUUUGUGGUUGAGUUGGAGGAUGAAGAUGAUGAGAGGUGA